AAUCUGCCAGUGAAAGGGAUAAAAAAUGUUUGUCACAUUGAUGGUCCACAAUAAACUGUUGUGUCCGGCAGGUUGUCAUGGCUACCUUAUGCCACGUGACUUAUCACAUGUUCCAUCUGCUGAAGGGUUAGAAGCAAACACAAGUCGGUGGCAUGUGGUUCUGGCUACUCGCAAUUCAUUUUUUCUCUGUCAUACGUACAGAAGAUACAGAUUCAUGCAGUCGACCCCUCGGUUUAACCACCGGAGACGGUGUUGUGUUAAUGUCGAAAGCAGAUGAUUCCGAUCCAUCUUCGGGACGUCUAAACAACGAAGAUGGGGCCUGGUGCUUCAAUAAUGCCACCGUCUCUGCAGAACUCGCAACUUUGGAGGUAGAAUUCGAUCAAGAAGUUUUCGUCAGUGGUGUAGCUAGUCAAGGUCCUCCUCUAUCAGUGGCACCAGUUGAUUAUAAUCACAUACUAGGAUUUGGAUUAUAUCACAGUUUGGAUGGUAAAAAAUGGAUAGGGGUUAAUGGUGGAGUCUUGUUCUUUACGCAAGAUAAAAACAACACUUCCAGUGAAAUUUCUUACCAUCUCGGAAAUUCGAUCGAGUUAGCCAAAUAUAUGCGGUUCGUCGUCUCCAGAAUACUAAUUGCUGGAGAGAAGCUAUGUUUAAGAUUCGAAGUUUAUGGAUGUUCCACAGAGGUAAUACCCCAGAGCCAUUUACAAGCUGAGAUAAUUCAUUCGGGCCAGUUGUUCGUGACGUGGGAAAUUCCCAAAGCCAGAGUCACUCUUGGUCAAGAUGAUGAUUAUUUACCAUUCUCACCAACUACAUAUAUUUUGAAGUAUAAAAAUGGAGAAAGUGAAGAUGAGAAAACCACUUCAUCGACAGAAACAUACAUUCAAAAUCUUCGACUGGGUGAUGAUUACCAGUUAAACCUGUAUUGUAAUGUCAAGGGUACAAAUAUCGAUUGUCGUUCUAUCUCUUUAACAGCUUAUCCUCCUUGUGGCGAAUGGGUAUCCUACAAACGUCAUUGUUAUCUUCAGGUUCCGGAAAACGAUUUCGACAGUAUUUAUAAAAUUUGCAACGAAGAAACGAAUAAUCUGGGUUCAUUUAGUACAGCGGAUCAACUUCAUGAACAGAAAUACAUAAAUGAAGAACUGCUAGAGGACAGCAAUACUUUUUGGUUGCUUGAUUCCAUUUGUAAUUCUGUAUCACCUGUCGAAUGUUGCCAGAAAGUACAAUUGGAAGAAGACGGAAGUUGGAGUAAAAGUAAAUGCGAUACGGAGGAAAAUUUACAGGGGCUUUGUAUUCGAGACAGCAUCGGAGAAGGAGCUCAACUGGAACCGACUGGAUUAAAAGCAGUAAACAGUCAAACUGUCCGAUUAAAUUGGGAUUAUAAGGGGGUAGGAUGGAGAACCAACAAGAUGACGGCUAAAGUAUGGAAAGGAAACGAAGAUACUAAGACGUAUGAAGCUUCUACCGCACAAAAAUAUAUUGAUAUAGAUAAUUUGGAGCCUAGCGUCGUUUAUUCUUUAAUACUUAAACCAGGAUUUAACAUCGUCACUAACGAAACAAUUGUUAAUUUUACAAUUAUCGAUUUCUCUAAAUCUGGGGAGGAGGAGGGCUCCCAAUUUGGCGGUUUUCUGUGUUAUAUACCCAUAGAAGCUUACGUAUAUUGGAAUGGGAGCAUCGGAGUGAAUUGGAACGAAGCUGUAGCCUCAUCACUCGGAGAAACCUCAUCCUGGAAUGCCGAUUCUUAUAUUAUAUCAUUCUAUGUUACUUCAGAAGAUGAAGCAACGAGUAAAUCGAUCGAAGUUAAGGAAAAUAACUUCCUCGUAUCCACAGCGGCUUUACAAACGGAAUACACGUUCGAUCUACAGUGUAGAUUCGGAGAAAAACUCUACCCCUGUGGAAACACGCGCUUAGCUACCGGUUUACCGGAUAAAGUGAGGGAGAGAAAUGGUUUCUACGUCUUGUAUCAGUUAGUUUCCGAGAAGAAAACGUGGCAGGAAUCGGAAAAAGAAUGCCAAAAACGCAGAGGACAUUUGAUCAGUUUAGAAAACGAGCAGGAAUUUAAAGAAAUUGGAAAGUUAAUUUCCGAACCCGACGUAAUCUACUGGACCGGUGCUAAACUGGAACGAUCUGAAAGGGGACGUUGGACGGAUGGAAACAGGAUCAAUUACUUUCCUGUAUCUAGUCGAAAUUCGGGUGUUACUUCGGCUAGCGAGUCGUGUUUUCACACCACUGAAGAGAACAGAAGGAUGAGGAUUAUAGGAGGCAACUGUCAAGAUCUCUUACCGUUUAUCUGUAAAUUUACAGAGCGUGAUUUAGUAGCGAAAAUAGAAGAAUUUAAAGUAGAAGCGAUAACUUCUACAACAAUAGAUAUUUCUUGGAGAGAUCCGAGUGUACUUUGGAAACCGACUUUUUAUGACGUGUACGUUUGUCUGGAGGAUAAAUGUCAGAAAUACGGCAAUUCUGUCGCAGAAUAUGAAAAAUCUUUAGAGGAUUUAACCGAAUUUACCGAUUAUACAAUUAAAGUAGAAUCGGUUUUAAAGCCUCUGAAGUUAAAAACUCCUUUCGUCACCGAGGUCAUGACGGAACCCAUCAAUCCGAUUGCUGUUAAUAUUACAUGGGAUGGAGCUGUAAGUAUGGCAAGUUUAUUACUUGUCUCUCGAAGAAAAUCCGAAGAAAUAUUGGAUGUAACGGCUAUCGAUUCUGUUGGAAAUCACAAAGUAACAUCGCGUGACAAAGCCGAAAAAAUAACAUUAACAGGUUUAAUACCGGGUCACGACUACAACGUGUCGAUGCUCGGAGAUACUUGGAAGUAUUCUUUUAUUUUACCCGCUUUUCCCAACUGCAGCCGGAAUCAAUUACAAUAUUUAAAUAAUUGUUUCUGGGCGGAGGAAAAUGGCAAAGAUGCAAAUGAUUGUCAGAGGCAAAACGGCUUAUUAGGGAAACCGUCAUUGGUACAAUUAAAAAGUAUAAGCUCGUACUUAAAUAAAUACGAAAAGAUUAAACUAGACGGUUCGAAUCUCGAGGAUAAUUGCGCAGAUAAAACGGAAGAAACGUGUUGUUCUAUGGAGGAAGAAACAAAAUGCCAAUGCUGCGAGGAUGCUAGUGUUCUUCUCUGCCAAUCACCCAUUGAAUUUAGCAUAGGAAAGGUGGAGAACGUAGAAAUUUCCAAUGUCACAUUUGAAUCCGUGGCUAUGACGUGGUCUCGACCUUCGACCUUAUGGAAUAUCCCAUCGUAUCGUAUCGAAUGGAGACCCCUAAAUGAUAUAGGAAGAAGGAAAGAUGUGGGCGAAUUAAUAACGAACCAAGCUGAAGUACAGAUCAAAGAAUUAAGAUCCGAAGCAUCUUAUGAGAUGAAGAUAACACCCGACGUGGAUAAGAGAUUUUAUGGAGAAGAUUACAUUAAAACAUUAACAACUUUAAAGGAUCCGAGAAUUCCUGCCAAAUACGAGAUAAGUGCGGAUGGAACAGUAUCGAUAACCAGCCCUAAAUUGAAAGAUAUGGGACGUAAAGAAGAGUUACUGGAUGUUCGAAUAUUCAAUACUAACGAUCCCGAUGACGUAAUUUUAUCUAAACAGCUUCGUGCUAAUGAUAUGAGUGUUAAAGGCUUGACUCCAUCGCUUAAUUAUAGCGUUGUCACUAAAUCGGUGGAUGAAUCCAUUGACGAUCCUUGGUAUCAUUCGUUUAUCUUCCUAGCUUGUAAGUUUUUAUACUGAUUUUUUCGUAUUCCGAAUGAAUUUUUAACUGUAAAACCUAUAUUUUUAUAGCUCUAACUUGCUUAUAUUCAACA